CCCCACCCCCAAGCCCCAUUGGGGCAUUUGCAAGCCUUCCUAUUUGCCCACUGCUGUGGUACCACAGGUCCUAGCAGCUGUUCAAGGAAUCUUUGAGACGUCAAUGUCUGAGAUGCGGUCACUACCACCGCCAAGAACUCUGAGGACUCAAUAGAGAAAGACCCCUGAGAACCGACCCCCCCCCCCAACCCGGGGUGCCAGCAGGACCAGGGUCAGUCAGGAAGAAAGGGUGCGGCUGCAGGAAUAGGAGUCCAGCCCCGCUACUCAAAAUAACAACCUCUCACAACUGUGCAGGUUUUCAAGGUUUACACCGCUCGUUCCUCCACACGUAAACAGUACUGAGCACCUAUUUGCCAGGUCCUGGGCCAAGUGUUCAGGAGGCUUCGGAGAUGGGCCACGGAGAGACAGUCUCCACCCUCAAGGAAUUUGUGGAGGGGUGGGGAGAGAAGGGGUGGGGAGAGAAGGGGUGCAAGAGAACCCACGACUGGAACAACCAAGUCCGAAAUGGAGAAACAGGGCCGCGAGACAGGAUGGGGAAACUGCUGGUGCGGGACCAAGGGAACCCACACCCCACUCCAAACUCCUGGUGCCUCCCACGCGGGGCUUUGGGAGAAGCCGCCGGCCGCGGGGCUGGGCUCACCCACCCGAGCGGCGGCUCCCGGGAGGCCCCAGAUCGGCCGAGAAGGUGGCUUUGGCAAGUUCGGGGCUGAACAAAACAGAAAAGGGGAACGCAAAAGUGAUGACGGGGAAGGAAGGAGGCAGAAGAGGGGGACGGAGAGGACAGUCGGGAGGACGCUGGGGUAGGAACUACGGGAGAACGGAGCCCCACUCACCCCGGGAUCCGCAGAGCCUCUCCUCAGGAAAGCCCGAGGUCCCCGCCGCAGCCGGAUCGCGCAGGGUCUGCCGGAGGCUCGGGGCAAGCCACGGCUCCAGCGCUUCCCCCGGCUCGCGGCGGGAGGCGGUCCAGCCCCGGGGGGCGUCUCGGCGCGGCACGUGCCCGGCCCUCGGAGCCCGCGGCGGCAGGAGCGCGCAGGAGCGGCCCGGACGCGCGGCUCGGCCCCGGGGCUGCGCUCAGCGGCGCUGGAAUGCGCGGCCGCCAGGGACCGCCCCCGGAAAGCCCGGGCCCCCGGCCGCAGCCGCGCCGCCCCGCCCCGCCCCACCGCCCCCUCCGCGGCCCCGGAUUCCUCUCCCGCCCCCGCGGCCGCCCUGGCUUUCCCUCCGGCCCCGCACGCCCUGCGUGCAGCCCCGCGCGAUCUCUUCCGCCGUCGGGGCUCCGCUGUCCUUACCCAGUGAGAUGGCCCGAUCCAGGGUGCUCAUGGGCCCGGGAGAGCUGGCUUCUGAGGACUCCACGCUCCGCAGUUCCCGGCCCAGCUCCCACACUGGACAGUGCGACUGUGCGAGCUCCUGCAACCUCUGUGAUGCACUGGGGACAGGGACUCGGGUCCCAUCUUGGUGUUGGAAAGCCAUUGGAGAAAGCAGAACAACAAAAAAGGAUCAAGAUCAAAAUCUGGCUUUCAGAAACAUUGCUCUGGCUCAGUGUGGAGAGCAAACCGAGGAGCAGUCAGGAGGUUAUGACACACCCAAGAGAAAACUGGUGAAAACCAGUGAAGGUGGUGACUGUGAGAAUGAAGAGAGGCAGUGGCUGAGCUACGCAGGAUGUAGGAUUGAAAGGCAAGCGUCACCUAGGAAGUCUCCAGCUUUUUGGAUGGGGAGCUAG